AGUUGACGUAUUAAUUUGGAAACGUUUAAAAGUAUUCCAGUUGAAGUAUACAAUUAUGCUUAUCGUGGCCCUAGUAUCUUAAUAAUACGGACAUUAAAAAAAACGUUAAGUAACAUUGUGGUUAUGUGCGUAGUGACACUAUACGUCAGUGACAUUACUUUAAACAAUUGAUUUGUGUUCAGUUAUUAGCACUUAAGUGUAUACUGCGAUAAUGGAGGAUUUCAAAAGUGAAUUUGACGAAGCCCUGAACAAAGUGGUUAAAAUAAGUUCCAUGAAAAUACACGACUACAGUGAAUACAAGGAAGUGUUAUGUCGAGUUGCCAAGGCCAGGAAUAAUGAUUUUAGCGAUUCGAAGGGACGAAGACUUGUAAAAAUGUACAAAGUUGCGAUAAUCGAUGGGGAAAGUAGGCUUAUACCAGCUAAUAACGCGAGUACGAGAAUUGUAUGUUACGUGUACAUGGAAGAGAUUUAUAGCAUUUUACAAGAAUCGCAUAUCCGUUUGAACCAUGGCGAUUGCCAAAGUAUGUUUAACGAAUUAAAAUACAAAUACGUAAAUAUUACCAUCGAUAUUAUCCAGUUGUAUCUAUCAUUUUGUAAAGCUUGUCUGCCGAAAAAAAAUACCGCCAUGAAGAGCUUCGAUGAAAUUAUGUACCAAGAGAUGAAUUCCAGAUGUCGUUUGGAUAUAAUAGAUGUUAAGCCUCAUUACGACGGAGAUUACAAGUACAUAUUUAGCUACGAAGAUUAUAAAACAAAAUAUUGUUUUUUGCGACCGCUGAAGUCUGUGUGUCCAAACGAAGUUGCAACUAUAGUUGUCGAU